AUGUCAAAUAAAAAUCAAAGGAAUGUUAAGGUAAUAGAAUAAGAAGGAGAAAUAGACGAAGACGUAGAUAAUUAAGUGUAAUAAUAAAUUUCAAAUUCUGAUUCAUAAAAAAACAACCUAAGCAGAACAAAUAUCUAAGGCGAACAUGUUUAGGAAUCCUAAUAGAUAAAAGUCAAGAAUGAAUGCAAAGAAAAAGUAUUUGACGAUAUUAUAGGUUUAAAAAGUUACUUUGAAGAGUAUAAAAGUAAAGAACUUAAUGAAAUUAGUGACAAGAUAAGUAACUUAAAGAUAGCACAAGAAAAUAAUAAAAUAAGCAUUUAAAAAGUGAAAGAAAACAUUUCAGAAGAAGAGAAAAUUAAGCAAAUCAGAUAAGUAUUUUAAUUAGCUCCCUUAUAUAUACUAAAGCUCAAAGGAUUAAAAAACCGUAUGGCCAAGAUAGAAGACAAACUUUCUAGUGCGAAAAAUAAACUUAAUUUGUAAAAUACCUAAAAUAACAAAUGA